AAAUAAAAGGCCUUGGAAGCAGCAAAGGAGGCCUGGCAAUAGCAACCAUCCCACUAUUUAAUUUCCAAAAUUAGGCAUUUGCUUUUACUUUGAUUGAAACGAAGAAGCAGCAGCAGAAGCACGAGGAGGGUUUUGUUGUUGGGAAUGGAUUUGGAUCAGUGGAUUUCCAAGGUCAAAGAAGGCCAGCAUCUCCUGGAAGACGAGCUCCAGCUUCUCUGCGAAUACGUAAAAGAGAUCCUCAUUGAAGAGUCUAAUGUUCAGCCUGUCAAUAGUCCAGUCACUGUUUGUGGUGAUAUUCAUGGCCAGUUCCAUGAUCUAAUGAAACUUUUCCAGACAGGAGGUCAUGUACCAGAGACUAAUUACAUUUUUAUGGGUGAUUUUGUUGAUCGAGGGUACAAUAGCCUUGAAGUCUUCACAAUCCUUUUGCUUCUGAAAGCCAGAUAUCCGGCUAAUAUUACUCUUUUGCGUGGAAAUCAUGAGAGUAGACAACUUACUCAGGUCUAUGGUUUCUAUGAUGAGUGCCAGAGGAAGUACGGAAAUGCUAAUGCAUGGCGGUACUGCACAGAUGUUUUUGACUACCUAACCCUCUCUGCGAUAAUAGAUGGAACUGUGCUUUGUGUCCAUGGUGGUCUUUCACCUGACGUUCGAACAAUUGAUCAGAUUAGGGUCAUUGAACGAAAUUGUGAAAUUCCUCAUGAGGGGCCAUUCUGUGAUCUUAUGUGGAGUGAUCCUGAAGACAUUGAGACGUGGGCAGUCAGUCCACGUGGAGCAGGUUGGCUUUUUGGAUCAAGGGUCACGUCUGAGUUCAACCACAUAAACAAUCUUGAUCUGGUUUGUCGAGCCCACCAGCUUGUACAAGAAGGUCUAAAGUACAUGUUUCAGGAUAAAGGACUCGUAACCGUCUGGUCUGCACCAAACUACUGUUACCGUUGUGGGAAUGUGGCUUCCAUAUUGAGCUUCAAUGAGAAUAUGGAAAGAGAGGUGAAGUUUUUCACAGAAACAGAGGAGAACAACCAGAUGAGAGGGCCAAGGACAGGAGUCCCAUAUUUCUUAUAAGUGAAAAAAAGGGAGCUAUUUCCUGCAUUGCUUUGUAAAAUUAUUUUAGACGAAAUAGUGAUUGGUUUUUUUCGGUGGGGAAUGAGCCUCAAAAGAACUUUGAUGUUUGUAGGUAGAAGAAGAUACCUUAUUUUUGGGAGGCAGCUGGCUGGAAAUUUACCAUUCGGUGUCCAGCGUAUUUCCUGUAUCGUGCUUGUUAUUUGUUGCUUUAUAAAUUUAUAAAAUAGUUUCCUCUUCCUCUUC